AUGGCGAACCCCGAAGUGCGGACACGGCCCUCGGUGCCGACCAAGCAGCUCAACGGCGACUACCCGCUCAUUGACAGCGAUCCUCACUUCAAGAGAGUCGUCGGCUAUGCGCGCCCCUCCGACUACGCCGCCGGUGCUGCCACUGCUGCCGCCGGCCCCGCCCUGCUCAGCCUGUGGGAGCGCGUCGCUCCCUCGUACGUUGGCCGCGGCGGCUUCCCUCCCAUCAUGCGCGUGACUGUCGGUAUCGGCGCCGUCGCCGGCUUCCUGACUGUGUACAACCGCUCCAUCUACCGCUUCUACGGUGUCACCGAGAACAGGAGGGAGAUCGAGAUGGACAUGAGAGAGAUGGUUGACAAGGUCAAGGCUGGCGAGCCUCUUUACGGUGUGUCGAGCAUGUCGGAGCAUCACCAGGGCGUUGCUUCAAGGAACUCGAGAUACAGCGCCGUCUUCAACCAUUUGCUCCCGUGGUUCAACUUCGCCAACCACAACCAGCAUGGUGUUGACACCGCCAAGUACUACCAGCAGGCGGAGCGUGAGUUGGCUGCUGAGGGCAAAUAG